AUGGCCAAGCCCUCAGCUCCGUCCUCACCGCCCACACCGCCCUGCAGCUCUGAUUGCGCUUUCGUGGCUGGUAACGAGGACAGUGACGACACCUGUCCUCGAAACCUCGCUCCUGAGCGCCCAACCUACACGCACCUUAACUGCCUUGCUAGGCAGCUGUGCCCUCCACCACCGCUCCCCUCAGCCAGCCUGUUCCCUGUCCCCGCAUCCACUUCCUCUGGCCCCCUGUGCCCCUGUGCCCUCUGCUGGGAAAGCCUACACCACGAACAGCCUACUGUCGCGGAGAUCACCGACGUGUGCUCCCCACUGGCCAACCAGAUGGCAACGUGUGACCCUCACCACGGUCAAUACAUGGCUUGCUGCCUCUUGUACGGUGGUGAGGUGGUUCCCAAAGAAGUCGGUGCUGCCUUUGCCACCAUCAAGACCAGGCGUACCAUCCAGUGUGUGGACUGGUGCCCCACUGGCUUCAAGUUGGCAUUCAGUGACCAUCCUCUCGCUCUGGUGGCUGGUGGAGACCUGGCCAAAGUGCAGCGAGCUGUGUGCAUGCUGAGCAACACCUCAGCGGCUGCUGAGGCCUGGGCCCGCCUGGACCAUGGCAAUUAG